GCGGCGGCGGUGGCCAUGCGCGGGACGGCGGGACCGGGGCCGCCGGGCCAGGGCCGCCUCCCGGGGACCCGCGGCCUGAAGGCCCCGCCGCCGCCGCUGCUGCUCCUGCUCGCGCUGUUGCCGCUGCUGCCCACGCCUGGCGCCGCUGCCGCCCCGGCCUCGCGGCCCCCGGCGCUGCCGCCCGCGGCCGCGGGGCCCAGCGUGAGCCUCUACCUGAGCGAGGAUGAGGUGCGCCGGCUCAUCGGUCUUGAUGCAGAACUUUAUUAUGUGAGAAAUGACCUUAUUAGUCACUACGCUCUAUCCUUUAACCUGUUAGUACCCAGCGAGACAAACUUCCUGCACUUCACUUGGCAUGCAAAGUCCAAGGUUGAAUAUAAGCUGGGAUUCCAAGUAGACAAUUUUGUGGCUAUGGACAUGCCCCAGGUCAACAUUUCUGCUCAGGGGGAAGUUCCACGCACUUUAUCAGUGUUUCGGGUCGAGCUUUCCUGUACUGGCAAAGUAGAUUCUGAGGUUAUGAUACUCAUGCAGCUCAACUUGACAGUAAAUUCUUCAAAAAACUUUACAGUCUUAAAUUUUAAACGAAGGAAAAUGUGCUAUAAAAAACUUGAAGAAGUAAAAACUUCAGCCUUGGACAAAAACACUAGCAGAACUAUUUAUGAUCCUGUACAUGCAGCUCCAACCACUUCUACGCGUGUGUUUUAUAUCAGCGUAGGGGUUUGCUGUGCAGUAAUAUUUCUUGUAGCAAUAAUAUUAGCUGUUUUGCACCUUCAUAGUAUGAAAAGGAUUGAACUGGAUGACAGCAUCAGUGCCAGCAGUAGUUCCCAAGGGCUGUCUCAGCCAUCUACCCAGACGACUCAGUAUCUGAGAGCCGACACACCCAACAAUGCAACUCCUAUUACCAGCUCCUCAGGUUAUCCUACCUUGCGGAUAGAGAAGAACGACCUGAGAAGUGUCACUCUUUUGGAGGCAAAAGCUAAGGUGAAGGAUAUCGCAAUAUCCAGGGAGAGGAUAACUCUAAAAGAUGUACUCCAAGAAGGUACUUUUGGGCGUAUUUUCCAUGGGAUUUUAGUAGAUGAAAAAGAUCCAAAUAAAGAAAAACAAGCAUUUGUGAAAACAGUUAAAGAUCAAGCUUCUGAAAUUCAGGUGACAAUGAUGCUCACUGAAAGUUGUAAGCUCCGAGGUCUUCAUCACAGAAAUCUUCUUCCUAUUACCAAUGUGUGUAUAGAAGAAGGAGAAAAGCCCAUGGUGAUAUUGCCUUACAUGAAUUGGGGGAAUCUUAAAUUGUUUUUACGGCAGUGCAAAUUAGUAGAGGCCAAUAAUCCGCAGGCAAUUUCUCAACAAGACCUGGUCCACAUGGCUAUUCAGAUUGCCUGUGGAAUGAGCUAUCUGGCCAGAAGGGAAGUCAUCCACAAAGACCUGGCUGCUAGGAACUGCGUCAUUGAUGACACACUUCAGGUUAAGAUCACAGACAAUGCCCUCUCUAGAGACUUGUUCCCCAUGGACUAUCAUUGUUUGGGAGACAAUGAAAACAGGCCGGUUCGGUGGAUGGCUCUUGAAAGUCUGGUUAAUAAUGAGUUCUCCAGCGCUAGUGAUGUGUGGGCCUUUGGAGUGACGCUGUGGGAACUCAUGACUCUGGGGCAGACACCCUACGUGGAUAUCGACCCGUUUGAGAUGGCCGCAUACUUGAAAGACGGUUACCGGAUAGCCCAGCCAAUCAACUGUCCUGAUGAACUAUUUGCCGUGAUGGCUUGUUGCUGGGCCUUAGAUCCGGAGGAGAGGCCCAAGUUCCAGCAGCUGGUCCAGUGUCUCACAGAGUUCCAUGCAGCCCUGGGGGCCUAUGUCUGACUCUGCCGUCACAGUCUCACAGCGUCAGGAGGAAGGUGCCUGCCGGGCCUGCUUGGAGCCAAUCUUGGAUGCCACAUACGUCACGCAGCGCCACAGAAGCACAUUUGUCUUCCAGAACACCGUGCCUUAGGAAUGCUUUAGAAUUUGAACUUUAUAAGACAGACUUAAUGAUACGGAAUAUUUUCUAGAUAUCACUUUUAUUAGAUUGAACUGAAAAUGUUUGUGUAAAUUUUUUGGCCAAAAUUUUUUUUAAACAUAGUUAACUUUGGACUAGGGUACAUUGUUACAAAAUAAAUAAACAGUUUUUAAAAUUGUUUAAA